UGGUGGUGCGCAGUCUCAGUGACAUGGGCAGAUAUCACACGAGUUAGCCACCGCUCAUAACGUUCCUAUCAUCAUCAAAAAGAAGACAGAAGUGAGAGCUAAACUGGUGGGUCGUUACUGCGUCUGCGCGGCAUGGCCCUAAUCUAGGAUUAUGGAGGCUUAUCUAAACUCGCUGUUUAUAAAGUAUGUUUUCGGUGGGAAAUUAGCUAGUCGUGGAUGGCACGACUGGAGCGACGUAUCGACGGUGGUGCUGCGAGGCCGAGAGUAGUGUCGUGCUGAGGACGCCUUCCGCGACGACCUGGCUGAGCGGUGGUCGUAACGGGGCUUACGGCUUAGCACGUGGCAGUGACUUUAAUCGGUGGCGGACCCCAACCUUGGUGCCGCCUCAGUAUCUUCCCGCCGCCCCCGGUGACCAUGUCUGGCUCUCCCGGCGUGGCACUCUGGCUGUCCCGGUGCCGCCUCGAGUAGUCAACUCUUCGCUGCCGCCUCCGCCAGCCGUCGCUGAAACCACCUAAGUUGGGAGUUUUGAAGCAACACUGCCAGCGGCCGCCCUCGUGCAGGGAGGGAGGUGGAGGGGAGCUGACCGCCCCGCCGUGACCACUAACCUGACCUGAUCUGGCCUCAGCGAUGGACUUUCAGAGCGCCAUGGAAACGUUUGCUGAAGCGUGGAUGGCGGCCAACACCAAGUCUCGCCCAGGCUCCUCCGACCACCAGCGGGAGGGGAGCGCCGAGCGGACCAAUGGGCGGCCGGAGGAGGUGACACCCCGGGAGUCAGCCGCUCAUCUGACCAAUGGGGACUCACCGAACAGACAGUCUCCCGUCUUAUUGGCUCGAGACUCCGAAGUGAGCCCCAAGCCCCUGUGUGUGGGCAAGAACAUUCCCUUACACGUGGUGGUGGAGACGGUGCCUCUGUGUGGGGUGGGCGUCGAGGACCUGCGUGGCCGUAUCGACAUGGACAGCUACGCCCUCAUCCCCGCCCACACCCGCUUCACGGACCUUCUGCAGGCCGCCCUUGUCAAGCUAGGCUACUCAGAGGAACUCACACAGGCAAGAGGUUUGCUUCAGCUGAGGAACUGGCGCCCGCUGCCCCUAGAGACCAUCCCGGAGACGGAGGACAAGACAGUGGCGGAGGUGCUGUGUGACGUGGCGCCCCUCGCUACCCUCCAUGUCCGCAUCUACAGCAGUCCGUGGAAGGUGCGCUGUGCAAGAGACAUCAAGGACCGUCUUCUGCGCCUCCUCCUACAGCAGUCCCAUCAUCUCCUGGUCUCUGCCGGCUGCCCGCUUGACGAAAGUCUGCUGACGGCACUGAUUCGAGGCUCCGGGGAGGUGAGCGAGGAGUCGGCCCGCCAGUUUGAAGCUUGGUGGGCUGUGCAUGUGUCCCGCCCCCCCACCGCCGCCCACGUCAUGACACCACCGCACCACGUUCACGCCCGCCCACAUCCACUCGAGAAACUACCACCGGAGCCUCUGCAUCCAGCCAUUCAGACGGUGGGCAGCCAGUACGGCCCGCAGAAGACCAGGAUGAGGACGAGCUUUGACCCUGAGCUGGAGUUGCCGAGGCUGCAGCGAUGGUUUGCAGAGAAUCAGCACCCAACCCGCCUUCAGAUCCAGCAGUACGUGGCGGAACUCAACGCUCUGGAGUCUCGCCGGGGCCGCAAGCCGCUGGACAUCAGCAACGUGGUGUACUGGUUCAAGAACGCGCGGGCUGCCUACAAGCGGCAGGAGUUCCGCACCUUCAAUGGCCUCAAGUCGCCGCCGCCGCAGGACGAGACGAGCGUCAGUGAUAACGAGGACGCCACCGCUGCUUCCACAGCCUCUGCCGACCCUUACCCCGGCCCGCCCCCCUCACACCACCCCGCGGGGCCCUCUCCGCCCCCAACCACCACCCAUGAUCACCCACAUUCCCACCAGUCACAACAGCAGCAGCAGCAACAACAACAACAACAACAACAACAGCAACAGCAACAGCAGCAACAACAGCAGCAGCAACAGCAGCAACAACAACAAUCUCAACAGGAAGAAAAUCAGGAGGAUGACGAGUCUCGGCCGCCCGGCUCGGAUCCGCCUGAGAGCUUGCAGGGACGCAGCCAGACGGCGGGAGGGAGUUCCGGUGGCCAGAACUCUGGCGGUGAACGAUGCCAGGGCGAGAGUGACGUUGACAUGAGUGAGGACGAAGACGAAGUACGUUCACGAGACAGCGUCAGCGUCACUCUGGAGAGCAAGUGUUCCCCUCCCCCUGUGGUGUCUCCCGGCGCCCUAUCGUUGCCACCUUAUCCGCCACUCACGGGACUGGGCCAGGCAGGUAUGGAGCGCCUACCCUACCCUGUGGUGCCCGGCUCUCUGCUGCAGCAUUCCAUGAUGUAUAUGGCUCACUACAUGCCGCAGGUUUCGCCUUUCUCUGGUGGCCUCGGUAGCAGCGGACCGCCAGAGGAGAGGCGCAAAAGGAAUCGGACGUUCAUCGACCCGGUGACAGAGGUGCCGCGCCUGGAGCAGUGGUUCGCCAUCAACACUCACCCCAGCCACAACCUCAUCCUCAAGUACACCGAAGAGCUCAACCGCAUGCCCUACCGCCAAAAGUUCCCGAAACUCGAGCCGAAAAAUGUUCAGUUUUGGUUUAAAAAUCGACGUGCCAAGUGCAAGAGGCUGCGAGUGUCCAUGUGAGGCGCGCCGUGGUAGACUCCGCUACGAGGCACAACACGCGGAGUUACUCGAUUGAUGGAGUGACUUGGGGUGGCAGCCUCUCGUGGGGCUGAAAUUACGGGUCGCAGCAACUUGAAGGUCACCUCUCCUCCCCAGGCUGAGGGCCUCGCCACCCCUGGACGCCCGUGUGCAGAGGCAGGCCGUGCGCCGCUGGGAUGUGUUAAAAACUGUUGAUGCGAUAAAGUGACAGUCAGCGUGGCUUAUGAGUAACAACGCUUGUGUCAAAACUUAUCUUCGUUCAUGAUGCCAAAAUUACAUCCGGUGGAAAAUACUUGUUAUUAUAUUAAAUACUAUAUUUGUCAUUAUUGAAGUGGAAUUAGUGCAAUACUCUACUCUGGAAAGAAAAAAAAUGUUUAGUGGGUUCUGCUAAGGUUUCCCUUUGGCGUGUCUUGACUAUCCAUCAAGACCUCAGUGGUGAAGCAGUGGGUGGUUGUGGCGGCGGAUUGAGCAGCGGCGUGCCAGGCCUCAGCAGGCUCCACCAGCACCGCCACUUCUAUGGACAGUACUUAGCGGCCUGCUGCCUCUUGGACAGCUGACUCAUGGGACAACCACACCAGAAUUUGCUAAUUAAUUUUGUUUGGAAUAAGAGAAGUGUCUGUUCAUCGUGAACACAUUACUAUGUAUAUUGGUUUGGUGGCGCUUCUAUAAUAACGUUGAUCAUUUCAAAUUAGAAAAAUACAAUUGUGGUGCAGAUCGUGAAAAUAUGUAAUGCAUAUACACAUUAAUAGCAGACAAAUCUGGCAACUAGUAAGCCUCGCUAAGCUCUUAUCCUAUGUUCAUGUAAAACUUAAAGGUUCUAGUAUGGUUUUGUUUUACGUGGCGUGAUGUUUCUGUCCCGAGUGUUGCAGCCGCUGCCUCACCGCUGCCAAGUCUGCCGCUGCUGUCGCUGACAUGGACCCCUCUGGAUAUACUCAUUUCCUUUCCCGUGUCCUCAGGACAGUAAAGGAAACAAUCGGCAAAGCUGUUACAAAAGUAACUUUGUGCUGUGUUUUGUUCAAUUCGUGCAAGAUUGUUGCUAAUACGUGUAGGAUAUAUAUAUAUAUAUAUAUAUAUAUAUAUAUAUAUAUAUAUAUAUAUAUAUAUAUAUAUAUAUAUAUAUAUAUAUAUAUUGAUGAUGAAACAGAUGUGGUGUGGCCUCGGCGGGGCGAGUGAGCGCCUUUGGCGUGACAUGAGGGCUGCUUCGCCUCCCUGAGCUCAACGAUAUUGGAUAAAGAAAAUGGAGAAAAUUUUUUUUUUUUUUUUUUUCUCACCCAGCUUGCCUAAAGACCUGAGGUGACAGCAUUGCUGCGGCAGAUGCAGCGCGCCUCUCCUAAAACUGUGGUUGGUUCAUCGUAGCCGUUCAUUAUACUUCAUGAUAUUAAGGUACUUAGGAUUAUGUCUAUGUCUGUUCCCUGGAGAGUGUAUUAUUUAUUCAGUGUGUGCGUGUGCGUGUGAGCGUCACCGUGUCCGAGAUCUAGUCAAUAGGCGCCGCCACGCCCUACGGGGGCUGGGCGGCCGAGGGGCGCGGCUCUGAUCCCCCUGCGGGACACCACUUCCAGAUCCUCUAUGAAUUAAAUUAUAAAGGGAGUUACCGGUGCGUCUAACGUGCAAAUGUAAUAGACAUGUACAUUGAGAAAUACUCGUACAUAUAUUUGAUAUGUAUCAGUAUUUUUGUAUUUUGAACGGAAUUAUCCAGUUUGUUUGGAUUAGUCAUUACCUCUGCGUCAUGUUGCAGUUUGUCGUUCAGCGAAAACCUUCACUUCGUGUCGCCUCAUUACCAAUAGUCACCUCACACCAACUGGCGGCCCCGCGCUGCCAGUCCCGCCGCCAUGGUAGUGUCCCCUUUCCCCUCCACGUGUCUGGGCGCAACCCACGCCCCGGCACAGCCACGUAGAUAUGGACCGUUUCCCUCUGGUUCUUUGUGAUAUUUUAUUAUAUACAAUACUUGACAUGUAAAUAAGAUUGUUAUAUAUUUCAAUUUCUGUGUGUGUGUGUGUGUGUGUGUGUGUGUGUGUGUGUGUGUGUGUGUGUGUGUGUUCGGGGCACUCAAGACUCCCCCGCCCCCAACACCAUACUCAGCAUUUGCAUUAAGUCUUUUACCUAGUCGGCGAUCUGAUGCAAAAAUACCCACUUUUUUCCCCUCUCACCUCCCACGACCCAAUAUAAUAAUAAUAAAAAUAAAAAAAAUCAACGAAAAACUGUCCUUGAAAGAAAUCUUGGAAGAUAUAUAAAAUAAUUACAGAAAAUACAACUGUAGAAAAAGUAAACAAAUGCAAGUGUUAACAAUGACGAUGACGACGAUGAUGGUGGUGACGGUGAUGGUAAGGUGUGUGUGUGUGUGUGUGUGUGUGUGUGUGUGUGUGUGUGUCGGUUUGAAUCCCCACUCUCCCUCACACUUUUAAAACCUCAUGUGUUUCUGUUAGACAAGGAGUCCAGUCAGUGUUGUGUUUGGAUUCUGUAUAUAUCCCGUGUUUUGUACGUUGAAUGUUUACUAGAGAGCGUUCGUGUAAAGACAUUCUAGGGGAUAAAGAAAAAAAACGAAGCAAAAAAAAAAAUCAAUCAAGAAGGGAAGUCGGUGAGUCUCCCAUCACUUAGAUCUCAUUUUCUUUCACCAACCAGUCAGUCUCUCUCUCUCUCUCUCUCUCUCUCUCUCUCUCUCUGGAUGCGCUCACUGUGUUGUACUGUACAUAAUGUUAAUACAAUGUUGUCAUGGGGUGAAAAAAAUGUAGUGUUUGCUAGCUGUCUCCCCCUCAUUCUUCCCCGAUCCCCUUCCCCUUAUCCCCAGCCCUUCCUUGCCUUGUCUUCGUUCCUCUUCUCCCCGUUUAUCUCACUCUUGUUCCUUCACUCACUCCCUCAUAUUAUGUCACUCAAAAUACAUGCUUCCACCCACGUCUCUCUCUCUCUCUCUCUCUCUCUCUCUCUCUCUCUCUCUCUCUCUCUCUCUCUCUCUCUCAUUAUCUACCUCAUCACUCAUUUCUUUAGCAUCCCAUCAUCCCAUAUUCUCUCUCUCUCUCUCUCUCUCUCUCUCUCUCUCUCUCUCUCUCUCUCUCUCUCUCUCUCUCAUAUCUUCAAUCUCUUAUCUCUUCUCUUUUUCCCCUUACUAAUGUUUCUGACCAUUAGAUUUUAGACCACUUCCCUCCCUUUUCCACUUACCUCAACUCCCUUCCUCCUCCCUUACCCCUGGACGCACUCUCCCUCCUCCCUCCUCCACCUCCCCUACCAUAACCCGCCAUAGAGUAACCCAUCUGGAGGGGUGAGUAAGAUGUACUGAUUCAAGUGUUGUUCAUAAUAAAAUAUGUCACUUCA